GAAUUUCCUGGGGGUAAUCGAAACGCCAGCCACGAGCCACGUGAAGCCAAUUUUCUGCUUUGCUUCGCCGCCCCAGCAAACCCGAGCCCGCCAAGCGUCCGUGACGUAAAGAGAACCUAACCUCACAACCACUUUCCAUCGCAAAACUAUACGCGUGCGACGUGCUGCUUACUGCCCUAUUGGCUCGGUUGGGCUGUGAAGUGAUCCUUCUAGCUCAGAGCCAUGCCGGCCCAGCGUCCGAGUCGUUGGCGCUUGUGCAUGGACCUGGGGAAGACACAAGACGUCUGACUAACAAUGAACCAUGGUGCUCUUUGUCCAAAUAAAUCUCUGCGGUAGGUGCUGCCUGACUAUAAGAGCCCCGGAAUGCCUUCAUUCUAGAAAUAACUGCCUAACCUGUCACCUAAUACAUAAACCCACGGAUUCCUCACCUGCUCUCACACCACCAGACAACGAGUCACCCUACCGUCACCACCGUCAAUCAUUCAAUGCACAUCAACGACUUCCCCUACGAAGUACUUACCCAGAUCCUCGAGGAGGUUACCAAGGCCAAUAUACGUGAUGGCCCCACGUAUACAUUUGGUCUCCAGCAGGCGCCACUGCCUCUCGAGAGGGCCAAGCUCCAGCGCUAUGUGAGAGGCCCGGUCCCGCCAGAGCUCCUCAAGUGGGACGCAACUGCCACUCUGCGAUCGGUUUGCUGGAAGUGGCACGAGUGGGCUUUGGAGCACUCCAUCAAGGACGUCUACAUCCGUCGCUGGAAGGGCGGAGAGCGAUGGGCCGAACUCUCCAACAGGCGAGAGAGCUACCCGCUGUACGAGCUCAUUGACCGUCCAACUGGCACAGCUGUCUACCGCGACCCCUUUGCCUCCCUCAAGCGGACUGUGAGCAUCUGCAACGACUACCCACAGGUGGCCGCCAAGAUCAAGCGCAUGUGGGUGCACGGCUUCUACACCGCCGAGACCGACCGUCUGGUAUUCCAGUCGCUCAAGAACUGCACCAACAUCACCUCGCUCUCUCUUCCAUGGACCGCCAUCCGUCACGUGGAUGCCAAGGCCUGGCGCACUGUGCUCACCGGCACCGGCAAACCACUCCAGUCGCUGGAACUCCAAUGCGUCGACCCUACUUCGCAGCAAGCAACAGACAAAGAUAACCUUGUUGAUCUGGAGCCACUGCAGUCGGUAAACUUCAGCCAGCUGCGGCGACUGAAGAUCUUUGGCGACACUAGCUUCAUGCCCAUCACCGAUGAUGAUCUUUUCGCCAUCGCUCGCACGGCCACUCAGCUGGAGGAGUUCCACUUGACCUGCAACUCUUCCAUCACCAUUGAUGGUGUCAUGGCCAUUGUCAAGGCAUCUCGCAAGACACUCCGGGUCCUUGAGCACAGCCCGCGGUCACAGGAUGGCUUCUGGCACCCGCAUCCGGGAUCGCCGAGCGACUGCGAGCAUCUCUGCGACACUUUCCGGAACUGCCCAAAGCUUGAGACUCUGUCCAUCUCGCUACCUUCCGUGUGCUCCCAUCUCUUCUCCAACGACAAUGCCAAGUUUGCUGGCGACCUGCAGGUGCGUGCUUUGCACUUGUGUGAGCAUGAGGACGGCCGCUCCACCCACGAGGCUACCGAUGCCCUGCAGAAGCUUCUUGAGCAAGCCCGUCGCUUCAUCCGCCUCCGUGCGCAAAGCGCCAUUCCUCGCGAACUGUACGUCGAGCUCUUCUUUGCAGAGUGCAUCUUCGAGCCCGGCUUCCAGUCCGUCCAUGGUGACUUUUCGCUGGCGCAGGUCUCGUCCGAUGGGCACUGGCCACAGAACGUUGAGUUCAGCGGCAAGGGACCCUACGGCAGCACCGGGCUUUACGGAAAAGAAGAGGAGGCGCAGUUCCAGCGCAUUGACGAGGCCGAAUUCCUAGCUGGCGUCCGCAGGAGGCUCCUCUCCAUCCAAACCUGAUUGUGGGUAAAACCACGAAUAACGGCCGACUUCACUUCAACUGUACCUUUUUAUUGCGAACCUAUACUUACGAAAUCACGACCACAUGCAUGAGCGACAGGCCUGGAGCCAAAGAGAUACCAGGCUGGAGCAGCCACAUUGUAUUCAUGCAUUUGGGAAAUUCAUAACGAGAACACGGCGAUGUUCCGAAAAAGCGAAUACUGCGUAUUGAUUCAAUGGGAUGGCGGGGUGUCUAUUGCUUUUUUCCAUCUUGCAGUUUGUUAGCAUUUUAGCGUUCAACCUUCAAUCAG